AUGAUAUUUUUACAAUGUAUUAUCCAUAUUUAAAGAAAUAUUAAUUUUAAUCAAUUUAAAAUUUCAAAUGACAAAGGCAACAAUCGUUUUAAUUCACCUAUCGAUAAUUUAUAAGAAAAGUAUCGAAUCAAAUUUUAAAAGCAAGGGCAAAAGAAAAAUGUAAACUUAACAAUAUAUUGUAUGAAAUAUCUAGAAUUUAAUUUAUUCUUUAACAACACUUUGAUGUGGCAUUAAUCUAAAGCCAUUAAAUGGGUGGAAAACUAGAUUCUAAUUAGAUUCUGCUUAUAAGCAUAAAAGAAUCUAAUAAAUUAAGUGUUUAACCUGUGGAAUCUAUAGAAUUAGAUCCGUAAAGGGAAAAAUAGACCCUAUAGAAUUAUUAAUAAAAUAAUGUUGAAAAUUUAGAUUGA